AUGCUCCCCCAAACCACCCUCCUGGCCCUCCUGGCCUCCACCACCCUCGCCUCAACCCUCAACAAGCGCUACACCUUCCCACUCCCGGAGUCCAAGGGCUCCAAGACCUUCGAUGAGCCGUACGAGAUCGCCGAAGGCGAGAUCUACGAUGGUGGCAUGCAGACCUUUGGCCGUGGCGUCGAGUGCUCGGGGCAGUCCGAGGGCGGAGAAGAUGACACCGUCUUUAUCAUCCAGGAGGGAGGCACCCUUAAGAACGCUAUUAUCGGACCUGAUCAGUCUGAGGGUGUCUACUGUAAGGGGUCUUGCACUGUUGAGAAUGUUUGGUGGGAGGCUGUUUGCGAGGACGCCCUCUCCCUCAAGGGAGGAAGCACCUUCAAGAUCUCCGGCGGCGGAGCCCAAGGCGCAGAUGACAAGGUGAUCCAGCACAACAUCGGCGGCGACGUCACCAUCGACGGCUUCACCGUCUACAACUUCGGCAAGCUGUACCGCUCCUGCGGCAACUGCGACGAGAUGUACCAGCGCACCGUGACCAUCUCCAACGUCAUCGCCGUCGACGGCAAGUCCAUGGUCGGCGUCAACCAGAACUUCGGCGACGUGGCCACCAUCACUGACACAUGCGCUACCGACGUCAAGGAUAUCUGCAUCUCGUAUGAGGGUAAGGAGGAUGGGUCGGAGCCGGAUGAGAUCUCUAAGGGGCCGAGUGAGAGCUGUCAGUAUACGGAGCCGUUGGCGGAGUGUUAG